AUGACAGCAUUGGCGGAUAUUAGUCUAACCGGGCUCAUCAGACUAGAGCCAGGGCAAGAGAGCAUCGUCAUAAAUGUUGAGGCACGUGCCCUUAAGCUGGAGGACUGUGGUUCCAAGCGCAGUCUCCGCAAUCUCCGCAAAUGCAACGAAUCUCGCUUCAAGCGAAGUGAGCAAGCCACGCAAAGCUAA